UUGGUCCCAUGGUUUCCGCAAAAUUCGGCGUAAAUUUCCUAAAAUAGCUCAACAUUCCAAUUAAGGAUCUGAGUUCUGUCAAUGUAUUUGGCUUCUUUAACUGCAUUAUAGGUUCGAGGUCUUUUGGGUCAAUUCUAAUGCCUUUAGCUGAAAUUAAGUGUCCCAAGUAUCGUAUUUCUGCCUGCCCAACUUUACAUUUUUCUGGUUUUAGUUUUAAUCCGGCUUCCUUCAUAGUCUGUAAAAAUGCUUGCAGAUCAUUUAAGUGGCUUCUUUCAUCUUCAGAUCCCAAUAUACAAUCGUCUAAGUAUACUAGGAAGCUUCGAGAGCAUGCUUGCCUCACUUCCUCCAUUGCUUUUUGGAACGUAGUUGGUGCGCCUGAAAGGCCAAAUGGUACUCGCAAAUACUCGAAUAAUCCACAAUGACAGAUAAAUGCGCUCCUCUCUUCAUGUCCCUUCGCUAAUCUGAUUUGAUGGAAACCUGCCGAUAAGUCAAAUACCGAAAAUAUCUGUUUUCCCAUUGCCGAGUCGAGUAAAUCCUGUAUUCUUGGGAGGAAAUAGGUCUGCUUUUUGGUUAUAGAAUUUAAGCGUCGAUAGUCCACACAGAAUCGGUAACUUCCAUCCGUUUUUCGGGCAAGAACAAUUGGGGAUGCCCAUGCUGAGCUUGAGGGUCUGAUUAUAUUUUGUUUCAAAAGGUUUUUAAUCUGCUUUUCAAUUUCCGUCUGUAAAUGUAGUGGGUAUCGGUAAGGUCUACUCUGAACUGGUCUGGCUCCAUCAACUAGGUCAAUUUUAUGUACCGUCUUUCCUUUAAAAUUUCCUAUUUUUUCGUCAUUUAACAUGAAUGCUUCUUUGUUUAUUUCCAAAAUUUGCUUUAAUUCCAAAAGUCCCUUUUCACUCAAAAUAGUUCCUUCCAACGAAAUUCUCUCAUAAAUGGGUUUUUGUGGGGUCAGUAAAGGCUCAUCGGGUAAACUUUUCAUCCAAUUAGCUUCGUCGGGUAUCUGAUCCACUUCCUCUUUAAACUUUUUCCACUCACUCUCAUUCAUACAUCUCUCAUCUUUUUCCAUUACAGUCUCAAUUUUUAUUUCAUUUCCAAGUGCUUCUAAUGUUGCUAAUUUUGAGUUCGCGUGCACUUUUAUUUCCGAAUUUCCAUAAUUUAAUAGCCUAAGUGGAACAAUUCUUU